AUGAACCAUGUCCAGAUCAUGUCCCGACGCAUGGUCCUGCCGGAGCAGACGACGGCCUGGCUGCGGCCGGAGCCGGAGACGACCGUCGACCUGACGCCAUGGGACCUCCGGAUGAUCACCUUGGAGUACAUCCAGAUGGGUGUCCUCCUGCCCAAGCCUCCCAGUCCCACCACGGCAGCAGGAGGACAGGGACACCAUGCCCACGUCGUCGAACGCCUCGCGUCGUCCUUCGCGCGCGCCCUGGGCCGCUUCUACCCCUACGCCGGCCGCCUCGCCGUCGCGCCGGUCAGGGACGGCGGAAGCAUGAGCAUCGCAGUCUCGCUCCGCUGCAGCAGGGAGGGCGCCGAGCUCGUCCACGCCGCGGCUCCCGGCGUCACCGUGGCCGACAUCGUCGCGCCGCUGUAUAUACCAGGGGUAGUCCACUCUUUCUUCCCGCUCAACGGGCUUGUCAGCGUGGACGCCGCCGCGGGAUCCCACCCGCUCCUGGCCGCGCAGGUCACCGAGCUCGCCGACGGUGUCUUCGUCGCCAUGUCGCUCAACCACGCUGUCGGUGACGGGACGGCCUUCUGGCACCUCUUCAACACCUGGUCCGAGAUCAGCCGUCGUCAGAGUGACGGUGCAGCCAUCUCCUCGCCGCUGCCGGUGCACAGGAGGUGGUUCCUUGACGGCUGCCGUGUUCCGAUCCAUCUGCCCUUCCGCAAACUGGAGGACAUCGCUGGCCAUGAGCACUCAUCAUCGGUGCAGCAGGAGGAGUGCUUCCUCCAUUUCUCCGGCGAGAGCGUAAGGAAGCUCAAAGAAAAGGCGAACGCCGAGGCGGUCGGCAGUGGCGGCGCCACCAUCUCCUCGUUGCAGGCGCUGCUGGCGCACCUGUGGAUCGCGGUGUGCCGGGCGAGGAGGCUGGCACCGGACCAGAGCACGACGUACGCCCUGCUCGUCGGAUGCCGGGGCCGCCUGGACGGCGUACCGGCGGGCUACGCGGGCAACGCCGUGGUGCGCGCCGAGGCGACGUCCACCGCCGGCGAGAUCCUGAAGUUGGGGCUGGGAUGGACCGCGUCGCUGCUGAACAGAAUGGUGGCGUCGUUCGACGAGGCGAGCGAGCGGGACAGGCUCGCGUCCUGGCCGCGAAACCCAAGCUUCGCGUGCGUGUCGCCGCCCCCCGCGGCGCUGGUAGUGACCGGGAACUCGCCGCGGUUCGACGUGUACGGGAACGACUUCGGGUGGGGCCGGCCGGUGGGCGUGCGGAGCGGCCCGGCGAACAAGAUGGACGGGACGGCGACGGUUUUCGAGGGCGGAGGCGGCAGCGGGAGCAUGGCUCUGGAGGUGUGCCUUGACCCGGAGGCGCUCGGGAGGCUCGUCGCCGACGAGGAGUUCAUGAGCCCGGUGAGCGCGGCCACGGCAUGA